CACCAAUCCCAACGACGAACCAAGUCACGAGAAUUUCUCAGCCAAUUGAAUCGGAACCCAAUCAUUCGUCCGCGGUAGCAUAAGAUAGCUGCGUGCUAUCUGUACUGUCAUAAACUUAUCUUUGAAUUUAAUUGAAGCUUCACAUUUUUCGGACCCCAAGGGCCACUUAAAAGACCACCAUCAUGGGUGAACCGCAGCAGGUUAGCGCCCUGCCUCCUCCACCUAUGCAGUACAUCAAAGAGUAUACUGAUGAAAAUAUCAGCAAAGGUUUUGCUCCCAAACCACCACCGCCCAUCAGAGACAGCUACAUGAUGUUUGGCAAUCAUUUUCAAUGUGAUGACCUGAUCAUUCGGCCUCUGGAGAGCCAAGGCAUUGAGAGACUUCAUCCUGUGCAGUUUGACCACAAACGUGAACUCAAGAAGCUUAACAUGUCUAUCCUGGUGAAUUUUUUGGAUCUACUCGACAUCCUCAUCAAGAGCCCUGGCAGUAUAAAGCGAGCGGAAAAGCUGGAGGACUUGAAACUUCUGUUUGUUCACAUGCAUCACCUGAUUAAUGAGUAUCGGCCACAUCAAGCUCGGGAGACUUUGCGGGUGAUGAUGGAGGUUCAGAAACGACAAAGACUAGAUACAGCAGAGAGGUUCCAGAAGCACUUAGAGCGGGUAGUUGAGAUGAUCCAGGGUUGCCUUGCAUCUUUACCAGAUGACUUGCCACAAAUGGAAGGUCCUGACACUGCUGGUGAUGAAACAAGAACUGUACUUGUAGGGAACUGUGUGGGGUCUUCUGGGCAGGCUCCACGGCUGAAAACUGAACCUAUGGAUGUAGAGGAAGCAGGAGCCAGCUGUAUGGCAGCGGGUCACCAGAACAAGAGUGCACCUGCAAUUAAAAAGGACAAAAUGUGGGACAAAGAUGCAGCCAUGUGCAGUAUCAUUGACAAAAUUGCCUAGUAUCUGAUUACCUUCGUUUACUGCGGAUGUUUAAAGUUUUUGUAUAAAGAGGUUUAGUUGGUUUUGUUGCCAUUAUGCUGAAAGAUCAAUUUGUAUGAAUUAAGUUGAUUUAAAAACUUUGUGUGUAUUAUUGACCUCAGGAAAAAAAUGUAUCCAUCCAUCAAUUCAUCAACCACGAUAUUGAAAAUAACACAGGAAUCGGGUGGCUAACUUUCCUUUUUUUGACAUCUAAUAAAGAUAUUUUCAACCAAGAGAGAACAUUUGUCUCUGAACCGUGAAUAUGAUAUGGUAUAUGUUUGCCAUGGGUGGACUUAGUCUGCAAAUGGUGCUGUUAUCAGAACUAGAAAUGUCUGGCU